CUGUCAAUCGCCGACAUCGCCGCGGCCGAGGGCAAGCACCCGCUGGACGUUUUCCUGGACAUCGCCCUGGACGAGGACCUGGAAACCGAAUUCGCCCAUCCGGCCGGCGGACAGGGGGACGAUGCACGGGCCGAGCGACUGACCAACCCCUACGUCCACAUCUCGGUAUCGGACGGCGGCGCACACACCCGGUUCCUGGUCAACAGCGUGUGGCCCGUGUACUUCCUGGCGCACUGGAUCCGCGACAAUGAGCUGAUGACCCUGGAGCAGGCUCACCAAAAGAUGAGCGCACUCCCCGCUUGGUUCUCCGACAUGAAGGGGCGCGGCACCCUUCGCGUCGGUGAUUAUGCGGAUGUCAUGAUCUACAACAUGGACGAACUGGGACUGCUGUACGACAAGCCGCGGUUCGAGACCGACUUCCCCGGCGGGCGAGAAGCGAUUGGUGCAGAAGCCCACCGGAAUUCGCUACAUCCUGGUCAACGGCGUGGUCACAUUCGUCGAAAACGAGUGCACCGGCGCGUUGCCAGGCACACUCCUGCGCAGCUACGACAUGGUCGGCUGAUCCUGAUCUGA